UCUUCCUACCUCUCUGACUCUCUCCGAUUAGAUUUGUUCAUGGAGGCAUGAGGCAGUGACCUGCAUGGCUGCAUAAUCCUAGAAAAUUAGCAGCAAUACAGUCCAAUUUCAACGAUCAGAGGACAGAUAAAGAAUGGCUGCACGAGACACCGUUAUGACCUCUGAGGAUGACUAUGAGACUCAACAGAAGAAGCAAGCAGCUGCAGAUGUUCUUUUCCAAUACUCACAAUUUGCUAUGGUGUGCAUUGGUGAGGGAGUUCGCCCGUCAGAUCUCCGGUUGCAUCUUAUGAAGGAAGUUUCAGGGAUGUCCACCUCUUUGAAGGAAGAGCCACAGCAGGCAGCUGCCUCCCCAGAUUCUAGCGGCGAACCAUCAUCCUCUGGGACAAUGAAGGAAGACAGGAGCGAAAUCCCCUAAGCUUCAUGUGCAUCUUGCAGUGAGAUGAAAGUAACUCGGGUGAUAGGCACUGAUUUGUGAUCAUAGAGAUGCAAAUAAGUUAGCGUUCUUGCGGUGGGCAUCCUGCCAAUUUGGUUUAAAAUGCAGAACACGUAUUCUUAAUAGAUUGUAAAGUAAGUUUAUGAUAUCUUUAGGAAAACACGUCUGUGUCAUAUAUUUCUGCUGUGUGAACAUGCCUAUAAUCGCAGAACGUUAUAGUGGUGCAGUUCUGUCUUUUCUGCUCAACCUGGAUGAUUGGAGGUUGUGUGUAUCAUUUUUUAGUGGAUACUCGAUCACCAAAUAUAUUUGUCGAAACCACUU